AUGCUUGAUGCACUUGAAUCUGAAAUUCACUUUAUCAAAUCCCUCAAACCCACCAUCUGUCUUGAAAUAGGUUCAGGAUCAGGAAUUGUGUUAACUGGCUUAGCCAAGUGUCUUGGUUCUUGCUGUGCUUAUUAUUUCAAUAUUGAUAUAAAUCCACGUGCUGCCCAACUCCGUCUUGAGCGGGUGGAUUUCGUGGAAGAACAGUCAUGUCAUGUCAUUCCACAAGUUAUGUCUCCUAGUGGUGUGUUCUAUUUGUUAAUUGUAAAAGAGAAUGACGAAGAAGAUAUUUUAAAUGUCAUGAAGUCAUUUAGCUGGCGUAGCUCAGUCAUAAUAGAACGUAAAGCCGGGCGUGAAUUUUUGAAAGUACUUAAAUUUGAAUGUGUAAAAAUGCAAACAUCUGUCAACGAUUAAUAAAAACUAGCAAAAGAAUAUAAUCAGGUUAUGUAUUUCUGAUGAAUUAUUUUGAAAUUGAUGCGAAAUGAUGUUUUGCG